GUUAUUCUGAAAAUGGGAGAGUCUGAUACUUUGACUCCAAAAGGAGAGAGAUUUUGCUCUGUCUCUGAAGACUUGGGCUGUAGACGUGGCGAGUUCAGCAGAAAGCAUUAUGGAUCUGUGGAGCUGCUUAUAUCUAGUGAUGCUGAUGGAGCCAUUCAAAGAGCUGGACGUUUCCGAGUGGAAAACGGAUCUUCUGAUGAGAAUGCAGAUUUCACCCCAGGUACAUGGCGCAGAACAGAUGUGCACUUGGAAAACCCAGAGUACCACACCAGAUGGUAUUUCAAAUAUUUUCUAGGAAAAGUUCAUCAGAAUUACAUAGGUACAGAUGCAGAGAAGAACCCUUUUUUUCUAUCUGUCGUGCUCUCCAACCAAAACAAUCAACGUGUCCCUCAAUACCGCUCAAUUCUCUGGAAAAAAACAGGUACUCAGAAAAUAUGCCUCCCUUACAGUCCCACAAAAACAUUAUCAGUGAAAUCUAUUUUAAGUGCCAUGAAUCUUGACAAAUUUGAAAAAAGCCCUAGGGAAAUUCUUCACCCUGAGAUACAAAAGGAUUUACUGGUUCUUGAAGAGCAAGAGGGCUGCGUAAAUUUUAAGUUUGGAGUUCUUUAUGCCAAAGAUGGUCAACUUACAGACGAUGAAAUGUUCAGCAAUGAAACCGGAAGUGACAGCUUUCAAAGAUUAUUGAAUCUUUUGGGUGACACAAUUACACUGAAGGGUUGGACAGGCUACAGAGGAGGCCUGGACACUAAAAAUGAUACAACAGGAAUAUAUUCCAUCUACACAGUGUAUCAAGGGCAUGAGAUUAUGUUCCAUGUUUCAACUAUGUUACCAUAUUCUAAAGAGAACAAGCAGCAAGUAGAAAGGAAGCGUCAUAUUGGAAAUGACAUUGUCACUAUCGUGUUCCAGGAAGGGGAAGAAUCUUCUCCAGCAUUUAAGCCGUCCAUGAUUCGCUCUCAUUUUACACAUAUUUUUGCCUUAGUGAGAUAUAAAGCAAAUGAUCGGAAUGAUUCUUUCAUUAGGCUGAAAAUAUUUUCAGAAGAAAGUGUACCUCUCUUUGGGCCUCCCCUUCCAUCCCCAUCUGUGUUCACAGAUCACCAGGAAUUCAGGGACUUUGUACUAGUGAAGUUAAUAAACGGGGAAAAAGCCACCUUGGAAACCCCAACAUUUGCUCAGAAACGGCAGCGCACUCUAGACAUGCUGAUUCGUUCUUUAUACCAGGACCUCAUGCCUGAUCUACACAAGAACAUGCUUAAUAGGAGGUCCUUCAGUGACGUGUUACCAGAAUCCCCUAGAUCAGCACGGAAGAAAGAGGAGGCCCGUCAAGCAGAAUUUGUCCGACUUGGUCAGGCACUGAAACUGAAAACCAUUGUGAGAGGAGAUGCCCUAACUAGUUCAGCAACCACAAGCCUCUAUAAAAAGGAGCCGUGGGAGUCCCAUUGUUUCUGCAGUAAUUUCCCUCAUGAAGUUGUUUGUGCGGAUUCUUGGGGCCAGUCCUUGCUAGUUUCUACAGAUGUUGGUGUCCUGCUAAUAGAUGAUGGCCAGUCAUCAGUGCAAGUAUUUGAUAAAACUCUCCAGGUGAAACAGAUGCAUGUGCUGGAAGCUUUGGACCUUUUGAUUACCAGGGCAGACAAAGGUAGGAUUCCUUACCUCUUGGUUCCAAUAUGA